AUGUCUUCAUUCAGCAACUUCCAAACUCUACUGGACCAACAGGUCGGAACUCUACCCAAGCGAUCACCGCCAUCGCCAGAUAAACCAAAGAAGCAUAAGCCUAUCCCGACCAACUCUUUGCGCUUCCAAGGAGCGGCCUGGGCUACUGCGGGUGGUGGUAUGGCUGCGACGCUCAACGGGGUCUAUCGAAUUUUCCGGAAUUUCCGUGGAUUCCGGUAUAUCUAA